GUUGCCUUCAGAUGCAGAAAUGUGCUGUUUUCCCAAACUUUCAGAAACCCACUUCACAACAGGACCUCCCCAAUUUGCAUCACAGAAGCCGAGUGUAUUGGAGGAUCAGCGAUGGACUCCGUUCUUGCAAAGCUCGCGGAACUUACGUGGGACAAGGCCAGCAAACUGGACUUAUUGAGCGGCAUCGCCUUUCUCAGAGAUGAGCUUUGUGCUGUGAACGCCCUUCUCAAGAAGCUUGAGGACGGCGAUGAGCUUGACCCGCAGGUGAAGGAUUGGAGCAACAAAGUGAGGGAGUUGGGCUAUGACAUCGAGGACUGCAUAGAUGAUUUCGUGCACCGUGUUGGCCCCGCGGAUGCCAGAGCCGGGUUUGUCGGGAGGUUUUCUCACUUCGUCAGCACUUUGAGAGCCCAUCUUGAGGCUGCAAGGCAGAUCAAGGAGCUCAAGACUCGUCUGCAGGAGAUAAGCGAGCGGCGUAAGAGGUACAAGCUUGCACAUCACAUCCCUGGUUCUAGCUUCGCAGCCGUUGACCCUCGAUUGCCGACGCUCUACAAGGAAGCAGACAAUCUUGUGGGUCUCGAUGGUCCAAGGGAUGAACUUCUCAAAUGGGUAUUAGAUGAAAAGAAACAACUGAAAGGGUUGGCUAUAGUUGGAUUUGGAGGCAUAGGGAAGACAACGCUUGCUAAUGAGGUUUAUCGUGGGGUUAAGGGACAAUUUGACUGUCAUACGUUUGUCUCAGUUUCCCAAAGACCUGAUAUAACAAGGCUUCUCUAUGGUAUAAGAUCGAAACUUGGUCACCAAGAGUCUUCUUACCCUUGCGACGUGAAAGACCUCAUCGACGAUGUUAGAGAAUAUCUACAACACAAGAGGUACUUGAUAGUAGUUGAUGAUUUGUGGGAUACAAUAUCAUGGGAUACUAUCAAAUGCGCUUUACCAGAAACUAAUCUCGGAAGCAGAUUUAUUGUAACCACACGGAUUGAUAGUGUUGCUAGGGCCUGCUGUACUCACCAGGAAUCCGUGUACAGAUUGAAACCCCUCAAUGACCAGGACUCAAGAAGAUUAUUGUUUAGCAGAACAUUCAGCCCCAAUCGUGAUUGUCCUCCACAAAUCAAGGAGGUUUCAGCUGAAAUCUUGAAGAAAUGUAGCGAUUAG